AUGCUACCGCGCUCUCUCCCUUUCCGUUGCUGGCACCUGUUCUCCUGUUUCUGUCCCGCUCCUAUCCCCUCACCCAUCCCCCUCCUGCGUACACGCACGCAUGCACCAUGUAACCCUUUCUCUCUUGUUCUCCUGUGCUCCCUCACCCUUUUCCAUUCCCCAUGCAAGAAGUGUUCCUCAUCCGUCAGAGCGCGAGCAGGACAAGCCAUCGAGCCGUGGACGAAGCGCCGAAACAGAGUGAAGAAGCCGUCAUUCAUCGCCAUCCACACGGGUGCACCCUCGAGACGUUUUGGCAGAGAAGAGGCGUUGGCGCGACCGCGGAGUCAGUCGCCAGCGUGCCCACGCGCCGUUCGGCCCUCCUGUUCCCAUUGCUGCUGCUCCUGCUGCGUACCGUGUCCACGUUUCGGUUGCCACCCAACUUUGGCGGGAGUUCGAUCUUCGAUAUUUUCGCUGCGGUUCUCUCCCGUCGAGGCGGGGCGAAGUGAGUCGCUGUUGAUUAAGUCACACACACACCUAUACACACACACAUACACACAUACACACAUACACACACACACACACACACACACGCAGAUACGUACGUGUGUGUGGGGUGGCAACAUGUCCGCUAAUGACUCCCUGGGGCUGCUGAGAGAAGAGCAGCGCCGGCGCUUCGAGGCCGCGAAGAGAGAAGGCAACACACCAGAGGUGCGCAAGUGCGACGCGUGCCAGCAGCCCACCUACUCCACCAACGUGUGCCCUGUCUCAGGGCUCUUCCACGACCUCGGCAAAAAGAAGCUUAUCGGCGGCUCUGUCGUCACCUCCAACGUCAUCUCAUCGUCACAGCUCAUGGCGGCCAUUGACCAGACACGCGUGAAGUGGGUGCCCAGUCGCACGCAGCUGGUGAAGGUGGACGCGCAGUCCAUCAACAUCUUUCAGAGUUUUGUGGCGCAGAUGGACUGGCGGCUGCAGCGCUACGCCAUCCUCUACGGCCUCUACGAUGACGCCACGCACACGAUCGAAGUCCACGCCGUCUACGAGCCGGAGCAGCAUGGCAGCACCUACACUUUCGAGCCCCUCCCGGACGCGCACUUGGACAAGGUAGAGAGGAUCGCCAAGGCACUGGGUCUGCGGCGCGUCGGGGUGGCGUGCACGCAUCCGAUGCGCGACCCGGAGCACAUCUUGCUGAACUUCCGCGAGCUGCUGCUGUGCGCCAAGGAACAGUCUCGCUACGGUGACGAGUGCGCCUUGCUCACCGUGGCACCGGCAGCCAUGCCGUCGACCAAGAGCGGAGGUGCGACGAGCGCGCCGGGUGAGCUCCCCACCGGCUCCGCGGCGGCGUCGAGCGGUGCAACACUAGAGCCGACCAUCGUAGUCUCCUGCCAAGCCUGGCAGACGUCGCCGCAGUGCGUCCACCUUUACCGUCUUGGGGUGCUGCAGGAGUCUCCGAGUGGCGAGGCGGCGCUGCAGGACGUGGAGCAGGCGCGGCAGGUGCAUUGCACAAUGCCGUUGGAAGUGGCCCAGACGGACACCGAUCCAAGCGGGCACCAGCGGUUUGUCACCAAGGCGCCGAGCACUGAGAUCGAUACGCGCUGGUUCACGAGCUACAUCGCAGUUCAGCAGUUCGAGUCGCCCAUCGUCCGUGGAGCCUUCAUGCGACUCUCGCGGCCAGGCAUGCCGCCGCCGGUUCUGCAGAACCUGCGCAACUACAUCAGCGAUCCAAAGCGGAAGAGCAUGUCAUUUGCCGAGACGAUCGCCGACUUCCACGUGCUUGUGUACCUUCUGACGCAGAUUUUCACCUCUGACGACGAGCUUUACACCCUGUGCUCGGUGGCGCGCACCAAGAAGAUGACGGAGGAGGCGGCUAACUACCAGGCUAUCCUGCUGGGGAUGAUGUCUGCAUAA